AAAACUCACUACACAUUUAUAAUUUAUUGCCGGUUUCUACUUCUUCCACCGUCGAUUUCUGCUACAUCAAGUGACGGUGUAGAAGAAGUGAAAUUGAAGAGCAGUAUGAAAGAAGCAGCAGCAAUACCAUACAAUUUAAGAUGUCAUGGUCGUGUUGUUGGCGACCGCUAUUUGAGGCCUAGACAAGUCCAGCUUGAUUAUAGCUCCAACAAACGUCGCUCCAGACGCAGCCAAAGACAAAAGCCUUGUGAUCCCUCUUCAUCAGAAUCUGAUGAAGAUGAUGAACCCUUACCUGAAGGUGGUAACGUUGAAAUAGAAUCUAUAAGGAAAAUGAGAAUUAACUUUAUUGAGACUACGUUUCCUUAUCCAUUAGCUGCAAUGAAACACUACAACCAUGGGCUAAAAGAGGAAGAGCAAUACGAGGUUACUGGUACUCGUGGAAAAGUGUGCCGUUAUUUCAAAAAACUUGGGUAUAUACGGCUAAUGCACUUUAUAGCUGAGCCUAAAUAUACUAAAAACAUGCCCAAUGCAUCAGAGGAUACUGCUAAGCACUUUUAUGCCAGGGUUCAUCAAAUGCCUAAUCGUGAAACUCAUGUGGAUUACUGUAAACUGCAAGAAGAACCCUCACCACGUGGUCCUUUUCUCCAUGAAGUCGUUCCCUUGUGCUGUGAAACUUGUGGUCUUAAGGAUCUGAAAGCCUUUGAGUCAAAAUCAUUGGAAUUGAGUGCUGAUGGUGAAGGAGGAAAGGAGGAGUAUUGGAAUGGUUAUCACACCUCCAUUCCUCCAAAAUUUAUUGUGACACGCAGAAACCCAGAGUUCAUAGCAGAACAAGCCGCCAGGAAAAAGAAAAAACAUUGAAUGGAUUUUAGAAGAAUUGAACAACUAAUAUCCAUUCUGUGUUCAUGUAUGACUGUUCCUUUUGCAAGAUUUCCUUGUAAAGCAAUGUUGUUUGCGGAGAAUACUUUCUAACUUGACUACAGUAAUAUUAGCUAAGAUUUUCUAGACUCGUUUUUGUUUAUGUUUAUAUUUCCAAUAAUUCCGGUGGAAAAUUA